CGAUCAUCAAAAAGUUUGGAUAUCCUUUCCCUCAGCUGCGAUGGUCGCACAAAAGAGGACCCUGGAGGACUCCUCGUCCCCUCAGAAAUCAAAGAAGACGAAGACGCAGAAGAUUGAGAAAUCUGCGAAGAAAACCGCAUCUCAGCCGGCCAGCACACUCGUUCAGGAGGAGGUCGACUUCCCCCGUGGCGGAGGCUCCUCGUUCACCCCCCUCGAGGUUAAGGCGAUCCGCGCUGAGGCUGUCAAGGAGGCCAACGAUGCGCUGUUCAAUGAGGGACAGCAGGAAUCCAAGAAGCGCAAGCGCAAGCAGUCUGAGUCCAAAAAGCCCAAGGCCGACAAGGCAGAGAAGUCGGGAAAGAUACGCAUCGAGCACUUGAACUACAAGCGCAUGAUCCCAGGCCAGAAGAUCCUCGGCCAGAUCAUCUCCGUCCAACCUCUCGCCCUCAUUGUGUCACUUCCCAACCAGCUCCUCGGCCAUGUACCGAUCACGAACAUCUCCACUCAGCUCACUGCUGCUCUUGACGCCAUGGAUGUCGACGAGAGCGACGACGAAGACGCUCCGGCCCAGACGGCUGUCCCGGACCUGGACGAUAUCUUCCAUCCGGGUCAGUACGUUCGCGCCGUGGUAGCGACCGUGCACGCUCCCGGCACGACCGACCUCUCCGGUAUCGGCCGCUCGCGGGACGAGGUGGUGCGCGCCAGCCGCAGAGUUGAGCUCUCCCUCGUUCCGGGGAAGGUGAACGCGGGCGUGCAGAAAGGCGACCUGAAGGAGGGCUUCACUCUCACAGCUGCCGUGCAGAGCGUCGAGGAUCACGGGUACAUCGUUGACCUGGGUAUCCCCGAUGUGUCCGGUUUCCUCUCGUUCAAGGAUGCACCGACCACUUCGACCGACGACGAGGACGCCAAGCUGCCCGUUGGCAGUCUUGUCAACGCUACGGUUCUGAAGCUCUCCAAAAACGGCCGUACAUGUAAUGUGACCGCCGACCCUGCGAAGUUCACUUCGUCCUUCGCCACCGAAGUCACCAACGUCGCUGCAGUCCUUCCCGGAACCCUCGUCCAAUCCCUCAUCACCGCCGCCUCGCCCACUGGCCUCAAUCUUCAAGUCAUCGGCUUCUUCGAUGGCACUAUCGACGAAGUGCACCUGCGCCAAGGUUCAUCGAAUGACUGGAACGUUGGGAAGAAGAUCAAGGCUCGCGUCCUUUACAACUACUCCGACUCACCGCCCAAGCUUGCUCUGGCGUUGAACGAGCACAUCAUUGCGCUCGAUUCGAGAAAAAUCAAGAACCCGGAUAACACCAUGACCGACUUUAGGGAGAGAUACCCUAUUGGCCGGACCGUGGAGAAUGCGAAGAUCGUGAGGGUAGAGCCGGAAAGGGGGUUGAUUGUACAGCUCGAGCCGGGAGUCGAAGGCUUCGUCCAUAUCUCCCACACCUCCGACGAGCAUGUUCCCUCCCUCUCCGCUGCUGGCGCGCACAAAAUUGGUUCUACGCAUCGCGCGCGCGUCACUGGCUACUUCCCCCUCGACGGCCUUCUCCAGCUAUCUAUGAAGCCCUCCAUCCUCGAGCAGAAGUACCUGCAGGUCAGCGACGUUCAGCCGGGGCAGAUCGUCAAGGGUACGAUCAAGAAGCUUACAGACUCUGCUCUGUUCGUCUCGCUCUCGGGCAACAUGGAUGGCGUGGUGUGGCCGAACCAUUAUGCGGACAUUGCGCUGAAGCAGCCAGGGAAGCGCUUCAAGGCAGGCGCGAGCAUCAAGUGCCGCGUCUUGGUGGUUGAUGAGGGGCGGAAGAGGAUAUCGCUGACGGCGAAGAAGACGCUCAUUGAUUCGACGCUACCAGUGCUGGCGCGAUAUGAGGACGCGCAGGUUGGGAUGGUGACGCAUGCGGUGGUGUUCAAGGUCUUCGACAAACACUUGAUGGUCGAGUUCUACAACAACCUGAAAGCCAUUGUACCUGCGAAAGAUGCUGUCGAGUCACCCGAUCAACGCCUCGCCGACUCCUUCCCCGUGGGCAAGCCCGUCAAGGUUCGCCUGACCUCCCUUGAGCCCGAACAGCGCCGUAUCGUCGCCAGCAUCCGCCAAGCUGCCGGCGCUUCGCAGCCAGUCCCCCUCACCGCUGUCGAGAUUGGCGACAUCCUUCCCGGCAAGGUCACCGAGGUUCACAAGGAGCAUGCGUUGCUCACUCUGCAGCCCUCGGGCGUCCGCGCACUUGUCUCGCUCGCCAACGUCGCUAUGCUGCGUGGUGUCUCCGCGGCGCAGGUGCGCACGGCGCUGCAGCCUGGAGAGGUGCUCCCGGACCUCGUUGUCGUCGAGCGUAGUCCGGAAAAGGGCUUCGUCAUUGUCAGCGGCAAGCCAUCGAAGCCCAAGGCGACGAAGGGCGCGGAUGCUUCUGCUAAGCCAGCUGCGAUUACUCUCGACACGGCAGAGGUCGGGCAGGUCGUAACUGGCCGAGUGACGCGGCAUGUCCAGAAGGGCGCGCUGGUGAAGGUCACGGCGAAGGUGCGGGGUAUCUUGCACCCAAGCGACGUUGCGGACGACUUCAACCACGUGAAGGGGCAGCCACUUCCAGCAGUCGACGCUGUGGUGAAGGCCGCUAUCGUUGGCAUUGACAGGGAGAACAAGCAGCUCAUCUUGUCGACUCGUCCGUCGCGGGUGUCGCCUCAGCCUGACCGGAGUGUUCGGGAUAAGGAGAUUGGCGAGAUCAGCGACUUGCACGUUGGGCAAACCGUCCGCGGGUUCAUCAAGAGCGUCGCUGAUCACGGACUUUUCGUCACUGUUGGACGCGGGCUUGAUGCGCGUGUGCAGAUCAAGGAGCUGUUCGACGACUAUGUGAAGGAGUGGAAGCCGCGCUUCAAGGUCAAUCAGGUCGUUGAGGGCCGCAUCCUUCAGGUCGACGCUGAGUCCAAGAAGAUCGAGAUGACCUUCCGCUCUGAGGAGGCACUGAAGUCCUCCACCUUGACCAUUGCCGACUUGAAGGAGGGCCAAGUUGUCGACGGCACGGUCAACCGCAUCGAGCCCUACGGUCUCCUCAUUCAGAUCCAGCGUUCCAAGUUGAAGGGCUUGUGUCGGAAGACCGAGUUUACCGAUAACAAGGACGCCGACGUCGAUGCCGCGUUGGAGGGCUUCCGUGCUGGCGACAAAGUCAAGGCCUGCAUCCUCAAGCUGGCGGAUCGCCGCAUAGCGCUGAGUCUCAAGCCCUCGCGCCUUGGCGAUGCUGGCUUCGUCGAGGAUGAAGAAGCGGAAGACGACGAUGAAGAGGAGCAGGAAGGCAUCAUCCGCGACGUCGACGCUGAGACCUCUGACGAAGAGGACGAAGAGAUGCCUGGGCAGGAGCAAGCCGUCGACGACGAGUCAGAGGAUGGCGAUGCGCCGGAACACGACGAGGACGAUGACGACGCGGACGAGGACGCCAUCAUGAUCGAUAUCCCUGCCGAGGUCACUCCCGCCCAGUCGUCGAAGCGUAAGGCAGCAUCCGCCACCAACACUGCCAGUCAGUCUCUUGAGCUCCUUGGCGGCUUCCAGUGGAAUACUGGUGCCGCCGAGCCUGAGUCUGACGCUGAAUCGUCCGACGGAAGCGACUCCGAAACCGAGCAGCCCGAGCGCAAGAAGCGGAACAAGCGCAAAGAGAUCGAGAAGGACCUCACCGCCGACAUGCAUACGAAGGCGCCAGAGUCUACGGCUGACUUCGAGCGUCUUCUGCUAGGCUCACCGAACUCGUCAUAUCUCUGGAUCCAGUACAUGUCCUUUCAGCUGCAACUCGGCGAAAUGGACAAGGCCCGCGCACUCGCAAGGAGGGCACUGUCGACGAUCAACUUCCGCGAGGAGAACGAGAAGUUGAAUGUCUGGAUUGCGCUGCUCAACUUGGAGAACGCCUAUGGAACGGAUGACAGUCUGGACGCCACCUUCAAGGAGGCUGCCCGCGCGAACGACUCCAAGACGGUGCACCUGCGUCUGGCCGCUAUCUUCGAGCAGUCAGGCAAGAUCGACAAAACUGAGGAACAGUUCAAGAAGACGGCCAAGAAGUUCGGUCACAGCUCGAAGGUCUGGACACUGUACGGCGAGUUCUUCCUUCGUCGAGGCGAAGUUGAAGAGGCGCGUAAACUUCUGCCGCGCGCUCUUCAGAGCCUUGAGAAGCGUAAACAUAUCAAGACGAUCUCCAAGUUCGCGCAGCUCGAGUACAAGAUGGCCGACCCCGAGCGUGGAAGGACACUCUUCGAAGGCAUCGUCAGCAUUCAUCCGAAACGAUGGGAUAUCUGGUCCAUCUACAUGGAUAUGGAGGCGACCCAGUCGAACAUUCAGAGCCUCAGAAAUCUCUUCAACCGAGUCCUUGCCAUCAAGAUGACCAGUCACAAGGCAAAGAGCUUCUUCAAGAAAUGGUUGGACCUCGAGCACCGGUUGGGCGACGAGGAAGGUGCCGAGCAGGUCAAGGCGAAGGCCAUCGAGUGGACGCAGAGAGCAAACAGUGCCUAG